CUCGCGCUCUGGCAACACAGGGCGAAAACAAAAAGUCAUCUUCUCAGGCGGCGUUUAGCAUUUAGCAAAAUUUAUAUCUUCCUGCUGAUUAAAUUGAGUUGAGCAAGGAGCACCACCACCGUCACAAUGUCGAUUCUAGCCUACAACGGAGGAUGCGUAGUGGCCAUGCGCGGCAAGGAUUGCGUGGCCAUAGCCACGGAUCAUCGAUUCGGUGUCCAGGCCCAGACGAUCUCUACGGACUUCAAGAAGGUGUUCCACAUCGCUCCGCGAAUGUUCCUUGGACUGACCGGCCUGCAGACAGACAUCCUGACGGUCCGCGAUCGUCUGAUGUUCCGCAAGAAUCUAUACGAGACGCGCGAGAACCGAGAGAUGUGCCCCAAGCCCUUCUCGGCCAUGUUGUCCAGCUUCCUGUACGAGCACCGCUUCGGUCCGUACUUCAUUGAGCCGGUGGUGGCUGGUCUGGACCCCAAGACCCUGGAGCCCUUCAUUUGCAACAUGGAUCUGAUCGGCUGCCCCAACGCCCCCGACGACUUUGUCGUGGCCGGCACAUGUGCGGAGCAGCUGUACGGCAUGUGCGAGACCCUGUGGAAACCAGACUUGGAGCCCGAUCAGCUCUUCGAGGUCAUCGCCCAGUCCAUGAUGAACGCCUUCGAUCGCGACGCCAUGAGCGGUUGGGGCGCCACCGUCUACAUCAUCGAGAAGGACAAGAUCACGGAGCGCACGCUGAAGACCCGCAUGGAUUAGAUGGAUGUUAAGAGUUCCCUUGGUGAUUUUGUAUACAACAUUAACCGAAAUACACAAUACAAAUAAAAUUUGUUAAGGUA